GCUGGCCAGCAAGUGGAGUGAAGACUGCAGAGGGAGAUAUAAAAAAGAGAGGGCAGAAAGAGAGGCAGAGAGAGAUUUAUCCUGGGGACCCAGAAACUCAUGGUACACCACUGAAAACCAAAUCCCCUGGAAGCCCGCAGAGACACAAAGAAAGCAAGAGAAAAAGGAUACCAUGUUGUUCUUCACCCUCCUGCUAGAAGUGAUUUGGACCCUGGCUGCCAACGGGGGUCAACACUGGACAUACGACGGUCCACAUGGUCAAGACCACUGGCCAGCCUCUUACCCUGAGUGUGGAAGCAACGCCCAGUCCCCCAUCAACAUUCAGACAGACAGUGUGACUUUUGACCCUGAGUUGCUACCUCUGCAGCCCCAUGGAUAUGAACAGCCUGGCACCGAGCCUUUGGACCUGCACAAUAAUGGCCACACAGUGCAACUCUCUCUGCCCCCUACCCUGUAUCUGGAAGGACUUCCCCGAAAAUACGUAGCUGCCCAGCUCCACCUGCACUGGGGUCAGAAAGGAUCCCCGGGGGGGUCAGAACACCAGAUCAAUGGCGAAGCCACAGCUGCAGAGCUCCACAUCGUACAUUAUGAUUCUGAUUCCUACGAAAGCUUAAGUGAGGCUGCUCAGAGGCCUCAGGGCCUGGCUGUCUUGGGCAUCCUCAUUGAGGUGGGUGAGACUAAGAAUCCAGCUUAUGAACACAUUCUGAGUCACUUGCAUGAAAUCAGGCAUAAAGAUCAGAAGACCUCAGUGCCUCCCUUCAACCUGAGAGAGUUGUUCCCCCCACUGCUGGCGCAGUUCUUCCGUUACAAUGGCUCGCUCACCACACCGCCCUGCUACCAGAGUGUGCUCUGGACAGUCUUCAGUCGAAGGGCCCAGAUUUCAAUGGGACAGCUGGAAAAGCUUCAAGAGACACUGUUCUCCACGGAAGACGAGCCCUCUAAGCUCCUGGUACAGAACUACCGAGCCCCCCAGCCUCUCAAUCAGCGAACGGUCUUUGCUUCGUUCAUCCAAGUGGGAUCCUUGUAUACCACAGGUGAAAUGCUGAGUCUGGGAGUGGGAAUCCUGGUUGGCUGUCUCUGCCUUCUGCUGGCUGUUUAUUUCAUUGCUAGAAAGAUUCGGAAGAAGAGACUAGGAAACCGGAAAAGUGUGGUCUUCACCUCAGCACGAGCCACCGAGGCAUAGACUCCUUCCCGGUCACCACAGAUGCCUUCCCCUCGCCUAUCAGGGAGCUUCUAAAGUGGGGUGCAGGGACUGGCCAGAAAAUACUGUAGGA